CUAAACUAUCUUUCAAAUUAUUCUUUAUUUCAUCAGUUAGGGACACUGUAAAUGUCAAUUUCAUGUCAAAUUCUAAAAUGAUUUUCACAACAUAAAUUUUGGGAGGAAUUUCGUAUAUCAAUUUUAAUGUAAAAUUACAUUACAUGGAUCUGAUGGAAUCAACAUUUUGUGAAGGUUACUUGAAAAUCGUAAUAUAAAUACUUAAUAAAUUAAAUGCUGCUGCCAAGCAUGAGCACUCCUUCAGAAUAUCAAAUACUAGCAGAAAUCGAAAAAAUAAACAAACAGCUAAGGAAUUCAAUAGACGCAGCGGAAACUCGUUUCUUAGUCAAAUUCGGUUACCAAAACAAGAAAAUACGCGAAUUAGAAGACGACAAUCGUCGCAUCAAAAAUAAUUUAGAAAAUCUUGAAAAGCAGCUCAAAAAUACCAAUGUUUUAAUAUUCGGAUUAGGGAAGUUUCAACCGAAACCGCCGAGACGAGAGAUUUGCAAGGUAUUAGGCGAACUACUCCAAACAGACGUAACUUCAGAGGAUAUUAAAAAUUUAUAUUUUCUGGGUAAAACCGAACAGGCUCCGCUGAAGAUCGAAUUUGGAUGCUAUUGCAAGAAAAUGCAAAUACUUAAAAAUUGCGAACGAUUAAAAGGAACAGGAAUCAGAAUCGGAGAGGAUUUGACAUUGAAGGAACGCGAAGAAUUGAAAAUUUUAAAAGUAUUUCUUAAACAAGAGAAGCAGAAAGGUUUGUACAAAAAGUGUUUCAUAAAUAAAAAUAAAUUAGUAUUGGACAACGAAUCGUAUAGUUCAGAGCAGCUUUUAGAAAUAUAUAAUACAGACAAAGUAAGUUCCAGAGUGAGUAAUCUUUCUAAAAAGUCUUCCGUUCCUUCCAAAGAAUCAAUAAAACCUAGCGAAAUAAAAAAUAUUUCCCAUUUGUCUCUGGGUAAUCUCCAAGGUUAUUCAAAAGAAUGUCUAAAACAUAAAGAAGUAAUCAAAGUUCCUCACGCGUCUCUGGUCGAUAUUCAUGAUCACUCCAAAGAAAAUCUGAAACAUAUAAAAGUAAACGAUCUCCAAUGUCUAAAUCAUAAAGAAGGAAGCAAUCUUUCUCAUAAGUCUUUGGACAAUCUCCAAUGCUACUCCAAAGAAUGUCUAAAGCAUAAAGAAGGAAACAAUCUUCACCACAUUUCUCUUGGCAAUCUCCAAGACCAGAAUAAAGAACGUCUGGAAUAUAUUCAAGAAGAGAAAAAUACUCAAUAUGAGAUGGAAAAUGAUUUAAUCGCUGGUUCUUCUAAGAAAGAAAGUGCAAAACCAAAAGAAGUGCCAAGUGUUAAACUUUUUAAAAGCGUUCAGGAUAUUUUCUAUGAAUUGCAGAAGAAAUUGGAAUCGUUUGCUAGCAAAUUUUGAAUGCAUAUAAAUAUUAUUUUUUUCGACAAAAAUAUUAACCCAUAACAAAGCGUUUGAUAAAAAACAGAAAUAGAAACGUUAGAAAUAUCAACAUUAGCACUUUUUGUUUUACUGAUAAUGAAGAAUUAAUUAUAUAAUUUAAAAAAUGCAAUAAUCAUGUAAAUGUAAGUUUACAUUAAAAUUUGAAAUUCCUCCC